AUGGCCGCCGGCAGGAGGGAAGCUUCUCUGGCAGCGUCGGAGAUCGUUCCCGGCUCAGAAAGCGCUGGUUGGGAGUUUCACGUCGAGUCUAGACCUACGGUGGUUUCGGGUUGGAUAUCUCCACAUUCAUGGGUCCAGCAUCAGCUGAACGCGUUUGCAGCACUGGAGCAGGCCAUUCUGCAGCACCUCAACGAAGGUCUAGCUGGAAAUGAUGAUGUUAGCUCAAGCACGCAAGCGCAACAACUCCGCCAAGUGGGCUGCGCUCGGAUGCGUGCCGCACUCCUGACUAAGGCGGCGCAGCAGGACUCCGACGCGCGGGCGCUCCCCGGGGACAUUUCAGUAGCUGGCAGUAGCAGAAGCAGUGAUGGCAGCACUGCAGCUGCUGCGGGCGAUGGUGAGGAGUACAUUGAGGAUUACGUGGCUGGCAGGGUCUCUAGUCGCUCUGCGUACAUGGCCGCCGACUCGCUCCUUCGUGGCGCUUCAAGCUCGUACGGCGAUGAAAGCAGUACCGGCAGCAGCAGCAGCAGCAGCAGUGAUGCAGGCGCGGCGGGGGUCGCUGCGGUAGCUGGUUCUCGGAUUCUCCGUGACCAGGCCAACCCCCUCUGGCCUGAAAGCGUCUCUUGGGACGACCUUGCGCUGUACGAGGAUGCGCAAGAUUGGGCAGCUUCUGAGUGGAUCAACCAAUAUGUAGAACGCGAUGCUGAAGGUCAGGAGUUCGAGUACGACUAUGUGUACGGAUAUGAGUACGACUACGAGUACGAGGAGGAUGCUGACAUGGACGAUCUCGACGGCGACGAUGACGACGUCGAUGAUGAUGAUGAUGAUGAUGAUGAUGAUGAUGAUGACGAUGAUGAGGCGGAGGAGGGCGUGUGGGGACGAUGGCAGGAUCUGAUGGCAGCAAAAGGGGAGGGGAGGAGCAGCCAGCUGAUGCAGGGCUUAUCGCUGCGAGAGCGGUAUGGUCUGGAGGGCCGCGUGUUGAAGCUGCUGGAUAGCGCUUACGCGCGGGUGUUUAGCGGCGACGAUGUCGAGGAUGGCGCACAGGAGCAGCAGGGUAGCACCCCUCUAGACGCAGCUGCCACUGAGGGGGAUGCCAGCGGCUCCGCGGUGAAGGUAGCUGCUGCGGUGCAGGCGGCGACCACACAGGCAUCCUCUUUGGGUUCCUCGCUGUCGGAGGGGUCCGCGGCAGCUGCCUCGCAAGUGGGGGACGGUGCUCCGGGCUCUGCUGCGGUUGACACGGCUGUUGUGGCGAAGGCGGAGGCAGGGGAGGCGGCGUUGGCCUCCGGGGCAGCGGAUCUCGGAUAUAACGCAUACCGCUUGGUCGAGACAGAUGACCCAGAUGAGGGCCGGCCUGCCUACUACGACCUUGGCGGCGAUGAUGACCUGUACUUUGGGUACGAGUACGACGUGUACGGGGACUAUUACCAGGCCAUGGCCUUUGUUGACCUUCUGCUUUCCAAGGAGCAGCAGCAGGACGCGGACGUGGAUGAAUGGGCUGACUACUUGGAGCAGGCCUACGAGUACUUCACCUAUUACACGGAGGACAACGACGACCUGGCAACCAGCGAGUACGGCAGCUUGUACGGCACUAUGUACAGCAGCAGUGUUGACGCACCCGAUGCGCUCGCCGCACUCGCAAGCAUUGCGGAGCUGGUGCUCUUGGCCCACAUGGGCAACUUCGCGUUGGAGGUUCGACCCGCCACCGAGUCCCCUGCGGACCUUGGCAGCAGCAUGGAGUCCACCACUGGCACCAUUUUCCUAAUUUCCAGUGAGCCGUACAGCGGCAGCAGCAGCAGCAGCAAUGAUGAAGAUACCUUCAGCUACUCGGGGAUGCUCUUCGCCCUGGGCCCCUACACGCAGGACUCGCAAACAUCCGCGACGCUGCUCGCGGAGCAGCAAUGGCAGCCGCAGGAACAGCCGGCGCUGGAGGUGGUCAACGACUUGAAUGUUCGAUUCAUGUUGCCCGACGGUACUGUUAACUGGGGUCUGGUGACGAUGCUGGUGUUAUCUGCGGGCACGUUGGCAAUGUUGGUGGGUUUCGUAGCGAGCUGGAUGGCGUUGCGGCGGAGCAUGGCGUUGUCGUCCCGAGGGUGGGUGUACGUGCCGCCAAAGAAGGGCAAGGAGGGUAAGCAGCGGUGGGGUGGGAAGGGCGUCUGCGGCGACUUUGGUGCUGUGCCGUUGCUGCUGCUGCGGCCGGAGGACGUUAAAGGUGCGGUGUGCUGGGGCUCGACGCCGCCGGUGGCGUCUGCGGUGGAAGAUGCGUCGUGUUAUGUGCCGCCCAAGGUCGAGAACGAGAGCGUGGCCAAGGCGCUGUAUAAGUAGAUUUUGUUAUGAGCAGCAGCAGGUUUAGAGGCUGUUCUAGAAGAUCUUAUCAUAUCGUAGGCCAUGCGAACGCCUGGUUUGUUU